AUGUCUCAACUUUCCCUAAUUUUGCUGUUGGCGACUAUGGGCGCAUGCGCCCAUAGUGCAGUGGUCAUUGCUCGGGAGUACACCCCGGAGCCAGCCGCCCGUACGACACGCCCAUUUCCAAAGAUGAGCGAUACGGAGGAGGAUAGCACGAAGAUGCAAGUGGUCGUCGUGCUGCUCGUCGCGUUCUGUGUCAGUCUCGCGAUUACUGUAAUCAUUCGCUUCUUGCGAAAGUAUUCGGAACGUCAACGACUCUAUUCGAGCUUCAACUAA